UCUGCAGACAGUCGUGUAAUUCGGUUGCGUGUCGCUCGCAACAACAAAAAAUCACAAAAAACAACAACAAAUACAACAAUAAAAACAUAAAAAUAAAACAAAAAUAAAAAAAAAACUACAACUCCACACUGCAUCAUAACAUCAAACAAACAACUGAAGUAUAACCCCCAAAAUAUAUCAGAAACAUAAUUUUUUGAAAGUGCAAUCUGUGUUUGUUCCUAGAAUUGAUGAAAUAUAUAAAUAUAUAUAAAAACCAUGAGGAAAAUGAUAAGAAAAUCUAAAAUAAUUAUAAAAAAUUCCAAAUAAAUCUCAAAAAUAUCUAAAAGAUAUUCCAUAAAAACGAAAAAAUAAAUUACAUUUUUUUUGUUAUUGUGUGUGCCUGUGUUUCUGUGUGUGUUGGCCAACUUCCUGUGCAACCGGUCUGCAAAAAAAUCAAACCCAUUCAUUCAGCAUCCGAGGCGAGUUGCACCUGCAACUAAAAAAUACAACUAAAAAAGAAGGCAAUUUAUAGAAGUAGAAGUUGGCGACAUAAACCCGUUUUUUUGUGGGGAGGGGAAAAUACAGCGCCUCCAAGGCCAAACACGAUAUCCACUUGGCCACAACAAAACACCUCGCAGGACCGCAAAAAAAGAUUUAGCAAAAAAAAGAAAAUACAGCUGUGAACAACUUUCCACAUUUUCCUGGACAUUUUCCUUUAUGUCGAGUUAACAAUUUCGCGGUGAAAAUGAAGAGAAUGCGCAGCAGUGGCCCUUUGGUGCUGCCACUGAUCCUCCUGUUGAUCCUGUCGCUGCUCCUCCAACCGAUUGCCGUCCAAGCCAAGUCGAAGAAGAACAAGUCCAACGCGAAUUCGCACCACGGAGACUCCUCCUCCUCCUCGUCGACGGGGUCCUCCUCCUCGUCGGGAUCCUCCUCCUCGUCGAAUGACGAGAACAAACCGAAGAGCGGCAGCGACAAUGGUGGCCAGCACUUCGCCAUGGAGCCACAGGAUCAGACGGCCGUCGUCGGAUCGCGGGUUACACUGCCCUGCAGGGUAAUGGAAAAAGUGGGUGCCCUCCAGUGGACCAAGGAUGACUUCGGCCUCGGCCAGCACAGGAAUCUCAGCGGAUUCGAACGUUACUCAAUGGUGGGCAGCGACGAGGAGGGCGACUUCUCCCUGGACAUCUAUCCCCUGAUGCUGGACGACGAUGCCAAGUACCAGUGCCAAGUGGGACCCGGUCCCCAGGGUGAACAGGGCAUCCGGUCGCGAUUCGCCAAGCUCACCGUUCUCGUUCCACCCGAAGCACCCAAGAUCACGCAAGGCGACUACCUGGUGACCACCGAGGAUCGUGAAAUCGAACUCGAAUGCGUUUCGACGGGUGGCAAACCCGCCGCUGAGAUCCAUUGGAUCGAUGGCCUGGGCAAUGUCCUCACCAAGGGCAUUGAAUAUGUCAAGGAACCUCUGGCCGAUUCACGUAGGAUUACAGCCAGAUCGAUACUGAAACUGGCGCCCAAAAAGGAGCAUCACAACACGACGUUCACGUGCCAGGCGCAGAAUACCGCCGAUCGAACGGAGAGGUCGGCCAAACUCCUCCUGGAGGUUAAGUAUGCGCCCAAGGUCACCGUUUCGGUGGUGAGUGGUGCCUUGGCGGGUGGGAAAAUCCCCGAGGGCGCCGAAGUCAUCCUAAGUUGCCAGGCCGACGCCAAUCCACAUGAGCUCAGCUAUCGCUGGUUCAUCAACGAUGAGCUAAUGACCGGUGAUUUUACCACCAAAAUGAUCAUUCACAAUGUCACCCGGCAAUAUCACGAUGUCAAGUGCGAGGUGGUCAAUGCUGUGGGCAAAAGCGAGGAGAGCCAGAAACUGGACAUCAGUUUCGGUCCAGUUUUCCGGCAGCGUCCCGUCAGUGUGGAAACCGAUUUGGGAGCCACUGUGACCAUGCGAUGCGAGGUGGAUGGCAAUCCCCCGCCCGAAAUCGAAUGGAUCAGCGAAAACUCCGAUAAGGUCGUUGGCCGAUCGCCCGAACUGAAGUUGAAGGUGAGCAGCGAGAAGUCGGGGCGGUACUUCUGCAAAGCGGUGGUCAAUGGAUUCCCCGAGAUCGGGGCCGAGGCGACGGUCUAUGUGAAGAGGGCCCCGAUCAUCACCUCGCACAAGGUGCAGUUCGGCGGAGUGGGUGGCCGUGUGAAGAUCGAUUGCCUGGCAUUCAGUAUACCCAAGGCGGAGCACAUCCUCUGGUCGUUCGAGGGCAAGAUCAUCAAUAUGAGCAGUGCCGAUCCGGAUAUCUACAUCUUCGAGGAGCACCAUUUGCCGGAGGGCGUGAGGGCAGCCCUCAUAAUCCGUGAUAGCAAGGCCACGCACUUUGGCAAAUACAAUUGCACGGUGAUGAAUUCGUAUGGCGGUGAUUCCCUGGUGAUAACACUGCUCCGCGAACCGGGCAACAUACCCGUGCUCCUGGUCGUCAUGGGCUCCAUGUUCUGUGUGGCCAUCAUGCUGAUGAUCGUGAUGAUCAUAAUCGUCUAUCGCAAGCGUCGCAGUCGCAAGAAGCCCAUGCCGGCGGAUGUGAUCCCGGAGGCAUCCCGCGGCGGUGACAAGCUGAACGAACUGAAGAGCGAACUCCGCUCGAAGGCCUACGAUGUGGAGUACUCGGAGGCGGGCGGCGACGGCCUGGCCAUCAAUCUCACCCAAUCGCCCAUGCCCGAUGUCCAGAUGAAGGGCGCCACCCUCGGUGUUCCCCUCGCCGGUCCCGUCAAGUUCGAUGAGCGAUUCUCGGGCGAUUUCGGAGGCGCCGAUCGAUACAAUCGGCAGUGUCACAUCAAGAAUCUGAAGAACCAGCAGGAGACUGCCUACAAGGGGAGUCCCCAGGCCAACGGGUAUGCCCAUUACUUCGAGUACGCCCUGGACUACAGUCCGCCCGGCGAAGGGGCGGCGGUGGUGGUGGGUGGUGCCGGCGGCGGUGGCAAGGUCAAGAACGGUGGCAUGAACUCCGCCACACUACCCCAUUCCGCCGCCUCUGUAAACGGGGGCGGCUCUGGCAACGGGGGCGGGGCCAGCUUGCCACGCAACCAGAGACACGAACUGCAACAGUCACAACAGCAGGCCAACGGAUUUCUAGGACAACCGCUGCUCCAAAACGGCAUCGAUAGCCGAUUUAGCGCCAUCUACGGUAAUCCCUACCUAAGGACGAACUCCUCGCUGCUGCCCCCGCUCCCGCCGCCCAGUACCGCCAAUCCGGCGGCCACACCCGCCCCGCCCCCCUAUCAUGCCGCCCGCCACGGCCACGCCCACAAUGGGGGCCUAAAGCAUUUCGUGGGCGGGGCGGUGAUUACGACGAGUCCCGUUGGAAAUUUAAAUGGAACGGGGGGCGGCGGCUCGACGCCCAGUGGCGUGGGAGGGGGCGUGGCAGCGGGGGGGAGCGUGAGCGGCAGCAGUUCGAAUUUAACCGCCAGUAGUAAUACCCUGGCGGCCACGCCCCUAGCGGGCGGUGGCGGAAACAGCGGCCAGUGUGCCCAGAGUCCGUCCGGGCAAUUUAUACUGUCCAAUAAUGGCAAAGGACACACGCAAAAAGGACCUCUGGCCACACACGUUUAAAUGCGAAAAAUGUCCGACGAAUCGACAUUAUAUACACCCUAUACAUAUAAUACAUAUAUAUACACAUUGGAAGAGCCAUUAGCAUAACCCGUAAAUGUAUUUAAAAAACGCAGAACUUCUAGUGGUAAUAUUUUUUUUGUCAAGAAAUAAUAGCGUAAUUCUCACUCAAGUGGUGUCAACUAUUUUCGAAAAGGCCUGGAAAAAAUAUAUCAGGCAGUCACUAUCUUCUAUAAAUAUCAUUGCUGAAAUUUAUGCACCAAAAAUUGAUUUUUUGUUUGUACAUUUUUUCCAUAUCUUCACUAAAAUGGCUCGUUAUAUAAAAAAGAAAAUAGCUGAACAUCCUUGAGUAAAAAUUAACCAUGAAAAUAUAUGUAAAACAAGAAAAACAAAAGCAUACACAAAAAAAGAAAACAAAAAACCGUAUUGUGAUUUAUAGCGUUAAUUAUUUUAUGGCAAAGCUCGAUGAGUUUUGGAACGGCAAAUUAUAUCAACUAGUGCAAAUCUUAAGCUACUUAUCGAGUAAAAAAAUCAUAUAUCAAUUAAACACGAAACGUAUCGAAAAGAAAUGCAAAAAUAAACAAACUACAAAACUUCAAAAGUUUAUUUUAAACAGCGAGUUGCAUACAUUUUUAAACGAAAACCGAAAAUCAAUUCAAUUAUCUAUGUAAAAACAUAAUUAUAAAAUGCCUGUAGUUAGUUCCAAGUAAAUAAAAAACAAAAAACGAAAAAAAGAAAAGUAAAAUGCAGAAGCAGCAAGUAAAAACAAUUUUCUAAGCCAAAAUUUAUCAAAUUUUUAGACUUAAAUAAAUAUAUAAAAAUAUAUUUAUGGAAAAAUACGAGAUGAAUGCAGUGAGCGAAACUUUUAGAGUAAGUGCUGUAUUUAAUUUCUAACCCGGUCAAGAAAAGCCAAAAGUAAAAGAAAACAUAGUAAAUAAAGUUAACCAGACAUAAUUUUGCGAAAUGUAUAAUUUUCUUGCGUAAAGUAUAUAUAAUUUUUUUACAACUCAUCAAAAAACAUCACUUAAUUUAAAUAUUUUUUUUUAGACGGGAUGUUGCAGUAUUAAAACAAUUUUUAGAUCCCCAAAAACCACAAGCACUUAGAAAAUAAUAGAUAAUAUAUCGAAAUAUUGGUGUUAAAAAAAAAAGAAAAGCCGCCAUUAUAGUUCCCAAAUCCAAACUUGAUCGGGUUUCAAGGCCUCAGCAUCCAGCAUCCAUGUGAAAACUUAAACAAUUUUUUGUCUAGCCUUUAAGCGAGUAAAUGAAAUUUAACUUUAAAUCAAUUAUGUAAAGAAACAAAUAUUGUAUAUCAAUAAAUAUAGAGCAUAAAUGUGUAUGUCAACGCUUAAAAUAAAUGACUAGCUAAGAUUAGAAAGAAUGAUUGUUUUUUUUUUUUUGUCUGCCUAGAGAUGUAAGCCUAUUUAUAAACGUAAAAAAUGUGCAUGUAAACAAUUUUAAAGGUAAAAAAAAAAUAAUUAAAAAAGCUUAGUAACAAUUUGUAAAACAUUUGAGCGAUCUACCAAAAAAACCAAAAUAAGUGUAAAGCGUAAAAUUUUUAACACGAAAUGCUGCCUUAUGAUUCCUUUAUGGGUUCUUAAAUCAUUAAGCCAAUACUGUAAUUAAUUUUUUUUUUCAAACAUAUACACGAAAUAUAAAUAUUUAUCUAGAGUAAUACAGAAAUGCUUUAAAUGUUCUUCAUUUACCCUGAUUUACUUACUCGAGUCUAUUUCUAUUCUUUCCUUGGGCUACUUGCGCAUAGCUUUUUAAAUGGGAUAACGUUCCGAAUAUCGGACUUAAAGAAGGUGUUACAUUUUUUGGAUAAUUGUCAAACGAUUCAAUUAAGAGUUCAAUUACAUAGACGUUACAAAAACGAAACGAUACAAAGCAAAACAAAAGUAAAUUCAAAUGCAAAUCCUAUUAAGCCAAGUAAAUAAUGAUAAUUACAAGAAACGAAUAUGUGAAGUGCAGAGUGCAGAAAAAAUGAUUCUGAAAAUGAGAGCGGCGGCGAAAACUAAGAACGUAUUGCGUGGAAAAACGAAAAUGUAUCUUUAAGUCGAGAACAACUCAAAUUAGUUGAAAUAAAAAUACAAGAAAAAAUGAAAUAAAAAAAUAUUUCAAGAUGC